UUGAACCCAUUUCUGACUUCACGUGUCCUUCUCCUUUCUUCCUUAUCCUUUUCCUUCUCUCCUCACGUUAAAAAAGCUCUGUCCUCCAAGAAAGAGAGGAAGAGAUAAAAUCGAAAAAAAAAAAUAAUAAUAAAUAAAUUUGUUGUGAGAGUUUGUUUUUGGGUAGUGCAUAUGGAGGAUAGCAAGAGAGCAGCCAAGGCUUUUGUUGAUCAAUAUUUCCCCGUGAACGAUCCGAAGCCCAACUCUACCGAUGUCUUUGAGGACCUCUUCCCAUCAAACUCGAAGAAGCAGGUCCGUGAUCACGAUCUUCUGUCUUCUCAGGUGUCUCCCAAGAAGCAGGGGCAUGGGGUUCAGGGUUGGAGUGCUCGGAUGGCAACUGCAGAUUGCAAACAUCAAGGUGACUCCAACAAAAGCCAGAUCACACCUCAAGAGAGCGGCAAUGAUGCCGAACAUAGCGAAGUUUCGGAGCCGUGCCUGAUGAGCUCGUCUGUUGAUUAUGGUUGCCGGGAUAACUACCCAUAUAAUCCGGACAAUCGAUAUCCUGGCCCUUCAUAUUAUGUAGAGAAGAAGGAUAGAAAGGAUGGUUCAGAGUAUGCAAACAUUGAAGUUGCCGGAGGAGCAGAAUGGUGGCAAGGUUCACUCUACUACUGAAGUUCAACCAAGGCUCGCCACUCUCUGUUUAAUCAGGAAGAAGGUAGUUUAGAAUUUUGAGCUCUUGAUAAAAUUUGUUCAUUAUGCCAACAUAUUUAUGCUUUUUUUUUUGAAGCUCUACAUUGUUAG